AAGACCAUUAGCUACUGUCAAACUUCGAUGCUUUUCCAUCCGGUUCGUAUAAAACGUCUUCGUCUUCGCAGAACCAGUGAGAAACCCUCGCACGAAACCCCAAUUUCCCGGUUUGGAUUUCCAUUCAAUUCACUCGGAGUUUGGCAGGUGGUGGAUUAAUGGCGGACAACCAAACCAACAACAAGACUGGCUGUGAAAGUGAAAGAGGGGACUUAGAGGAGAAUAUAGAGGACAAGGAGGAUAAGGAGGGGGAGAAGGAAGUGUCUGCUGCAUCAUCGAAUCCAAUGCAGCGCUCAAGCUCACGCCCACAGCUCGAUGUCAGCAGAGCUGCAAUCCAGGGUGAUUUCGAUGAUAGGAACCCGACGAUAUUGUUGCCUAAUCAGUCUGAUGACAUCUCGCAUUUGGCACUGGAUAUUGGAGGAUCUCUCAUUAAGUUGGUCUACUUUUCAAGACAUGAAGAGAAUCCAUCUGAUAACUGGAGGAAGAGAGCCAUAAAACAGCGGUUCGGGGUUUCUAAUGUGAACAGGAGAAGUUAUCCAAUCCUUGGAGGGAGGCUACAUUUUGUUAAGUUUGAGACUGGGAAGUUGAAUGAGUGCCUGGAUUUUAUUUCAUCUAAGCAACUGCAUCAUGGUGGAAUUGAUUCACCAUCAUGGAAUGCCGGCAUUCGGCCUGUUGAAAACCCUAUAAUCAAGGCCACAGGUGGCGGGGCAUACAAAUAUGCAGAUGUCUUUAACGAGAGGCUUGGGGUUAGUAUUGACAAGGAAGAUGAAAUGAACUGCCUUGUUGCUGGAGCUAAUUUUUUGCUUAAGGCAAUCCGUCAUGAAGCCUUCACACACAUGGAUGGGCAAAAGGAUUUUGUGCAGAUUGAUCAUAAUGACUUAUUCCCAUAUCUUCUUGUAAAUAUUGGCUCUGGAGUUAGUAUGAUAAAGGUGGAUGGAGAUGGUAAGUUUGAGAGAGUUAGUGGGACAAAUGUUGGAGGAGGCACUUACUGGGGCUUGGGAAGGCUUUUGACAAAGUGCAAGAGCUUUGAUGAGUUGUUAGAGUUGAGCCAACAAGGAGACAAUAGUAAGGUUGAUAUGCUUGUUGGAGAUAUAUAUGGUGGCAUGGACUAUUCUAAGAUUGGUCUCUCAGCAUCAACUAUUGCAUCCAGUUUCGGAAAGGCCAUUUCUGAAACCAAGGAGCUUUCAGAUUACCGACCUGAAGAUAUUUCCUUAUCCCUGUUGAGGAUGAUUUCAUACAACAUUGGACAGAUUUCAUAUUUGAAUGCACUUUGGUAUGGGCUUAAAAGGAUCUUUUUUGGAGGAUUUUUCAUUCGAGGUCAUGCUUACACCAUGGAUACAAUUUCCUUUGCAGUGCAAUUCUGGUCCAAAGGACAAGCGCAAGCCAUGUUUUUGCGGCAUGAGGGCUUUCUAGGAGCACUUGGUGCAUUCAUGAGCUAUGAAAAGCAUGGCCUUGAUGACUUGAUGGCACAUCAACUUGUUGAGCGCUUCCCAAUGGGGGCUCCUUAUGUGGGUGGAAAGAUACAUGGUCCUCCCCUUGGUGAUCUGAAUGAAAAAAUUUCAUGGAUGGAGAAGUUUCUGCAGAAGGGCACAGAGAUUACAGCUCCUGUGCCAAUGGCUCCACCUGGAACGACUGGUAUGGGCGGUUUUGAUCGUCCUUCUUCCAAGGGUCAUAUGUUGCGGUCAGAUGCAAGUGCUGCGCUAACUAUUGGUGUUCUUCAUCUUGUACCUUCAUUGGAGGUUUUCCCUUUGCUGGCGGAUCCGAAGACGUAUGAACCGAACACAAUCGAUCUAUCUGAUCGAACAGAGCUUGAGUACUGGUUCACUGUUCUAUCUGAGCAUACACCCGAUCUUGUUGAUAAGGCUGUAGCGAGUGAAGGUGGAACUGAUGAUGCUAAAAGAAGGGGUGAUGCCUUUGCCCGUGCUUUGUCUGCUCACUUGGCCAGGUUGAUUGAAGAGCCUGCUGCUUAUGGAAAACUUGGCUUAGCAAACCUUUUGGAGCUGAGGGAAGAAUGCUUAAGAGAGUUUCAGUUCAGGGAUGCUUACAUCUCUAUCAAACAAAGGGAAAAUGAAGCUUCUCUUACUGUUUUGCCAGACCUGCUCAUGGAGCUUGACAGCAUGAAUGAGGAGGACAGACUUCUUACUCUUGUUGAAGGAGUUCUCGCUGCAAAUAUCUUUGAUUGGGGAUCUCGUGCUUGUGUUGACCUUUAUCAUAAAGGAACAAUCAUUGAAAUUUAUCGCAUGAGCCGAAAAAAGAUGCAGCGACCUUGGAGAGUGGAUGACUUUGACAAAUUCAAGGAAAGGAUGCUAGGUUGUGGAGAAAAGAAGUUUCAGCCAUAUAAAAAAGCAUUGCUUUUCGUGGAUAAUUCAGGUGCUGAUAUCAUUCUCGGAAUGCUUCCACUAGCUAGAGAACUCCUUCGACAGGGAACUGAGGUUGUCCUCGUUGCAAAUUCUUUGCCAGCUUUAAACGAUGUUACAGCUUAUGAACUUCCUGAAAUUGUAGCUGAAGCUGCGAAGCACUGUGAUAUACUUCGGAAGUCUGCUGAAGCUGGAGGGCUGCUUGUGGAUGCAAUGGUUAAUGCUCAGGAUGGGUUAAAAGCGUCAUCACCUUCGGUUCCACUUAUGGUUGUUGAGAAUGGAUGUGGGAGCCCUUGCAUAGAUUUCCGGCAGGUCAGCUCUGAGCUUGCUGCCGCUGCCAAAGAUGCAGACCUGAUUAUCUUGGAAGGAAUGGGUCGCUCGCUGCAUACAAACUUUAAUGCCAAGUUUAAAUGCGAUGCUUUAAAGCUUGCCAUGGUGAAGAAUCAGAGGUUAGCUGUAAAAUUGUUUAAUGGGAAGUUAUAUGAUUGUGUUUGCCGAUUUGAACCUGCAGCUCAGCAUUCAUGAAUCAUGUUUUCUGAGACUUUUGGGGGCUGAUCUUUGUGGCUGAAUUAAUCAUUUUGGCUUCACUUGCUUGGACUGGAGCUUUUGACUGUCAAGAACCUUUUUGUUCCUCUGGUUGUGUUUUAUACAUGAAUAAAUCAACAAAUGCAUUUUUUUUCUGCAGAGAUUUAAAUACAAAAAAAGAAAACUCAGGUGCUACUGUCAUAGCUAAGGGUUAAAACAUUUAACUCCCAUGCGGGAGGUUGAGCUAUCAACUCCCUUUCAAUGCAUGAUUGAAAUAUAAAUAGGGUGGCUGGUCGACAUUAUAAAAAGUUGUGGGUAAAACAUUUAAUCAAGUCAAGUAUAGUUUGAAGAUUAUUUUAUUAUCAAAUAAAUAACCUGAUUUGCUAAAA